UGGCAAAGCAUUUCAAUACACACGUUACAUAAAAUAAAAUAUAAUGUUAAUAUAUUCCCUCCCCCCUCUCCUUCCUUCUUACCAGAAUGUAUUAAAAAUGCGAUAUUUUAUAAUCUAGUACUGUGUGAACUACCGUUUCAUUCUACCUUCCCAAGAUGGCGCUUCGGCCAUGCCCCUAGCAUCAGUGCGCAGACACCAGUUAUGAAAGCGACCGGCAGCUCCAGCGCCAUCCCCGGCCCCAGUGGUCUCUCCAGCUGAUGCUCUUUGGUAAGUAGUGUCCGUGUCUUUGUCCCGACUCGAAGGCAAACCCAGCAAUGUUGUCGGCCAGGAGAGCGCUGCUUGUCGGCCUCAGGUGCGCGGCUGUGACGCGCCGUGGAUGUGCUGGCUCUCCGGUCCCGAUAGACGACGUUGUGAACGGACUGACCGAGGAACAGAUACAGCUCAGACAAACCAUCCACAGAUUCUGUCAGGAAAAGCUGGCGCCCAAAGCCCAGGAGAUCGACAAGAACAACGAGUUCAGAGAGAUGAGGGAGUUUUGGAAGAAACUUGGUGAUCUUGGAGUCCUUGGAAUAACUGCUCCCGUGGAGUUCGGCGGCUCUGCGAUGGGAUACCUGGAUCACGUGAUCGUGAUGGAGGAGAUCUCCCGCGUCUCUGCCGCGGUGGGGCUCAGCUACGGGGCGCACUCCAACCUGUGUGUCAACCAGCUGGUGCGCAACGGCAGCCAGGCCCAGAAAGAGAAGUACCUGCCCAAGCUCCUGAGUGGAGAGCAUGUGGGUGCCUUGGCUAUGAGCGAGCCCAAUGCUGGCUCUGACGUUGUCUCUAUGAAACUAAAGGCAGUGAAGAAAGGGGAUCACUAUGUGCUGAAUGGUAAUAAGUUCUGGAUCACGAACGGGCCGGAGGCAGAUGUUCUGAUCGUUUACGCCAAGACAGAGCCGUCCGCCAACGCACGGGGGAUCACAGCCUUCAUCCUGGAGAAGGGAAUGUCAGGGUUCAGCACAGCUCAAAAGCUGGACAAGCUGGGAAUGAGAGGCUCCAGCACCUGUGAGCUUAUCUUCGAGGACUGCAAAGUGCCCGAGCAGAAUGUGCUGGGUCACCUGAACAAAGGCGUGUACGUGCUGAUGAGCGGCCUGGACCUAGAGAGGCUGGUGCUGUCAGCGGGACCUCUAGGGAUCAUGCAAGCGGUCAUGGAUCACUCCAUCCCCUACAUGCAUGUCAGGGAGGCUUUUGGGCAGAAGAUCGGACACUUCCAGCUGUUACAAGGGAAGAUGGCUGACAUGUACACCCGCCUGAGCUCUUGCAGACAGUAUGUGUACAACGUGGCGCGGGCCUGCGACAGGGGGCACUUCAGCGCCAAGGACUGUGCUGGAGUGAUUCUGUACGCUGCAGAAACAGCAACUCAAGUAGCACUUGAUGGAAUUCAGUGCCUCGGUGGGAACGGCUACAUCAAUGACUACCCGAUGGGGCGCUUCCUGCGAGACGCCAAGCUGUACGAGAUCGGAGCUGGGACCAGCGAGGUCCGCAGACUGAUCAUCGGCAGGGCUUUCAAUGCCAUGUACAAAUAAACAGAGCAGGGGCUGAAUACACAGGACUUCUGAGCAGGGCUCCAAACCUGCUGCUCCUGCACCCAGUCCUGGGUUCACAGCGCUGUACUAGAAUGUCUUCCUUCAGCUGAUUGCCUUUGAGGAAAGUUACUGUAAUUGUGUUCACUUUGUUACUACUGUACAGGAAAGUUUCUAGAUGUAAAAUCUGUAAAAAAAAAAAAAAAAAAAAAAAAAAUCAGGAUCCACACUUUGCUCAAUGCAGGGUAAUGGUAAUUUAUAUAUUAAGUUUGACCAUGGCUAUGCAUCAGGACCAUUUCAUGAAUCGGGACCCUGUAUCCGCGAUGGCACUUUCCCCUGUUCCAGGUUUUACUACAAGCUUGAUUAGGAUGGCAUUAAAACUCUUAUUGCAGAGCA